AUGCAAAUAAAAUGGAAGCCAUAUCCUAGAGGUGGCGUUUGCUGGGCUUCGGCUUUUAGCCCCGAAGCAAAACGGGUGACAUUUGCGUGGGCAAGGCUCUCUCUCUCUCAUGUCCAUCUAUGCACACACACCCCUUGA